AUGAUUAUGCAGACACCGAGAUGCCUAAUUGCUAAGCCCUGGAAUCGAACUGUCCGGGACGACACUAAAGUUGUCCACCGGUCAAGGUGGAGGGAAAAAGACUCGAUGGGCAAUGCUGGCGCUUCAGCCCAGUUGAUUAAACGGCAAGGAGACAACUGUUUCGGAUUACCGCUUGAGGGCCGACGGCGAGUGCUGUCCACGCCCGACAGAAGCGCUGCAUACAGGAGUCUGACGGAGAGAGUAACCAAUCAGCCUGAGACCGCAAAUGUGACCCUAGGAAAAGUCGGCCUGACCAAAGGGUGCUCACAUGAUUACGCCGGCCGGCAGGCCUGCCUGCCUGCCUGCAUUGUUGUUAGGCCGUGGGGAAAGAUAAGGCAGAUGCCCAAAAAGGGGCCUUGUCCAGGUCACGAGUCCCACUUCCAGCAAUCCGCACACCUUGGUCAGUUCGCUUAG